CGUGAUUGAUCAGCUCGGCCACUUCUCUAUCUCCGAUUAGAAAUAUUCUCUCCCCUGGGCUAUACACCUGGGCACAUUGACCACGACAGUGACUCAGGCGCGCAGCCUCGCCAUUUAUUCCAUCUAUUUAGGCAGAACAUCCCCAAUUUGCGCGCAUAUCACCGAUGAGCUCAUCUUAACGACCCAGGCCCGUUUGUUCCACGAUGUCCCCGUCGAGUACAAACCCGCCUCGCUCUUCAACUUCAGAAGAGAAAACAAUCAAAAUGGACUCGGGAAGACAAUCCAGCGACAAAAGCGAUGAAAUAAACCGCACCAAUUCUGAAGACAUGACCUUCGCUCCGAUUACCGGUGCAGCAAUGCACGAGAAACGCGGUGCCCCUUUACAGAAACAGAAAUCUAAUGCGUCUAAAUCGCUUGAGCGCAGCUGGUCGCUUAAUGAUGGUGUUAGUAUUGGUGGGAAUGAUGUCGAGGCUGACGAGGCCGGUGUGGCGGAGGAUGAUGGUUUCUAUACUGUUGGUUGGGAUGAGAACGAUCCGUUGAAUCCACGGAAUAUGAGUACUGCACGGAGGUGGCUGGUUACUUUGAUUGUUUCGAUGGGUUCGCUUUGUGUGACUUGUACCUCGUCUAUGUAUACGACGACGUAUACGCAGUUGAUGGAUGAGUUUAAGUGUUCGCAGGAGGUUGCGACUCUUGGGUUGUCGUUUUUCAUUUGGGGUCUUGGAAUUGGCCCGCUGUUCUUGAGUCCCUUGUCUGAGUUCUAUGGCCGACGAAACAUCUAUAUAGUUUCGUUUUCGCUGUUCCUCAUCUGGCUGAUUCCGUGUGCCGUGGCGCAGAAUACCGCAACAAUGCUUGUCUCUCGAUUUUUCAAUGGACUGUCAGGCAGUGCAUUCCUGAGUGUCGCUGGUGGCACUGUGGGCGAUAUGUUUGAUCGCCAUGAACUUGCUUUCCCCAUGAUGCUUUAUACCGCGAGUCCAUUUGUUGGACCCGAAGUCGGUCCUCUGGUUGGCGGCUUCAUCAAUGCCUUCACUACAUGGCGUUGGACAUUCUAUGUGCUCCUGAUUUGGACCGGUGCCUUAUUAGUCUCGAUAAUCUUCCUUGUCCCGGAGACCUACCACCCAGUACUUUUGAGGCGCAAGGCGCAAAAGCUCCGCAAGGAAACCGGAGACGACCGAUGGAAAGCUCCGAUCGAAAAGCUACAACGUACCGUGGCGCAGACCGUCGUGCGAUCUAUGUAUCGCCCAAUUCUUCUGUUGACGUUGGAGCCAAUGUGUCUGUGUCUUUGUAUCUUCUCGGCCAUUCUGCUGGGUAUCCUGUACCUCUUUUUUGGAGCAUUCCAGCUAGUCUUUUCCAACGUCUAUGGGCUGGAAAUCUGGCAGCGCGGUAUGUGUUUCCUUGGUCUGUUCGUUGGCAUGGUAUUUGCCAUUCUGUCAGAUCCAAUUUGGCGCCGGAACUACAUUCGCUUGGAGCGCAACCAUGAGAAAGCCUCGAACAAGAUCGACGACUUCCAACCGGAGUGGCGGCUACCCCCAGCCAUCCUGGGUGGACCCUUGGUCACAAUAGGUCUGUUCAUCUUUGCUUGGACGAUCUACCCUGACGUUCAUUGGAUUGCACCCAUCAUUGGCAGUGGUGUUUUUGGAGCAGGGACAAUCCUGGUCUACUCAGGUAUCUUUACAUUCCUGGUCGAUGCAUAUCCGACAUUUGCCGCCAGCGCUCUGGCAGCGAACAGCUUCACUCGGUCGUCAUUUGGAGGUAUUUUCCCUCUGUUUGGAAUCCAAAUGUAUAACAAUCUGGGAUAUCACUGGGCGACUUCCUUGCUCGCGUUCCUGACCCUUGUCAUGGCCCCAUUCCCGUACAUCUUUUACAAGUAUGGCAGCCGGAUCCGAAAGAAGAGCCGGUUCGCAACGUCACAGAUGUGAUCAAUAUCCACAUCUACAAUAAUACCAAAACCCUCGAAACGGCGAAAGAAAGGCGAACUGAUGAUAGAGUCCGCUCUCUGCUACACACUUAAUCCCAAUCCUGAUUGGUUGCUGGCUGAAUCACCUUUUACGAGGGCAGGCACAGGUUCAUCCUCGGUGCCAUUGCACCUCAACACUUUGCCCGUCUCGCCUGGAUCUGUCUCAUGGGCACUUCCUCGCGCCCCAUGACUACAUGUUGGGAAGCUCUCGGGCUGAGGGGUUGGCCACUGGGGAUAGAAGGGUUAGCAGCUAGCCCGUAAUCCUAGGUAGAAGACCCAACACCUUCAGCUGCUGUACCGCCCUGCAGUUGGAAAAGUAAUGCAGAGGACAAUGAAAAUGCAUGUGUGAGAAGCAAGGAUGUACUUUC